UGUGAGUGCGAAUGGUUGUUUGUUUGUUUCUACGUGCCCUGCGAUUGGCUGGCGACCAGUUCAGGGCGUACCCCGCCUCUCGCCCAGAGCCAGUUGGGAUGGGCGCCAACACGGCUUCGACCCGCGUGAGGAGAAGCAGUGUGGAAAAUGGAUGAUGAUAAUCAUUGCAGAACCGUCAUAUAGCGUGGGAUUACAGUAAACACGUAUACAUUUCGAUCGUCGCACAUCCAAAUACUUUUAAAGUCAUGUGGAACACAAGCAGAAAUCAUUGUGUGUGCUGCGGACACACUAAAUAUUUUCGAUGCAAUUGCAUCGUCAAAAGCAAAACUGUUCUUGUUUAUCAGCGCUGCCGUGGAGUGAACUUUGCUUCGGGACCGCAAGACGACGAUAACGCCAAAAACGUCUCGGCGACGAAACAACACACCCUUUGACAAACAAGAUGGCCGCCAGGAAGCGUUGUGCUUUUUCCUCCCUCGAGGUGAUGCUGUCAAUCCUCUUUGUCGCCCUGACGACCGUCAGCAUUACUCUGAUCGCCGUGACGAUCACGCACUCCGCAAACACCUGUUCUGGACCGACUCCGCCCCCCGAUCAAGAACCGCCUUUCCUGAUUGGUGUAGGCCGCGCUGACUGUACCGGACCCCCUGCGGAACUUCCUCUGAUGGGGUAUGCUAACCCUCAGCAAACGGCUGCGGGUAUCCACACCCGUUUGUUCAGUCGUGCCGUCAUCAUCGACGACGGCCGCCGUAGAGUCGUCUUCGUCACCGUGGACAUGGGAAUGAUCUCGCAGAGGCUCAGAUUGGAGGUCCUGAAGGCCCUUCGAGUGAAAUACGGCGAGCAGUACCGGCAGGACAACGUGGUCCUGAGCGGGACGCACACGCACUCGGGCCCGGCCGGUUACUUCCAGUACACGCUUUUCAUGAUUAGCAGCAAAGGUUACCUCAGGUCGUCCAUCCAGCCGCUGGUCAGAGGCAUCGUCAAAAGUAUAGACAGAGCCCACAGCAGCGUGCGGCCGGGACGGAUCUACAAGAACCGAGGACGUCUGGAUGCCAGCAGCGUCAACAGAAGUCCUCACUCCUACCGCAACAACCCGCAGGAUGAGCGAAUCAAGUACGACGACAACGUGGACAAGGACAUGGUGCUUCUCAAGUUCACCGACAUGGACGGAGACGGCAUUGGCCUGCUCAGCUGGUUCGCAGUGCACGCGGUCAGCAUGAAGACGACCAAUCGUCUGGUGAGCAGCGACAACGUGGGUUACGCCGCGUACCUGAUGGAGAACCACAAAAACCCCACGGCGCUACCUGGACAGGCAGCUUUCGUGGCUGCUUUCUCCUCCAGUAACCUCGGCGACGUGAGUCCAAACAUUCGAGGUCCUCACUGCGUCAACUCUGGAUUGGCUUGCGACUACUUGAACAGCUCGUGCCCUGACGGAGGGACUAAGGAGUGUCAGGCGUUUGGACCCGGUGAAGACAUGUUUGACAGCACCAGAAUCAUCGGACUCAACAUCUACAGGAAGGCCAGGGAACUUUAUUCUAACGCAGCGGAGGAAGUGACGGGGUUCGUCCGUUCGGCUCAUCAGUGGGUCAACAUGACGGACGUUGCUGUUCACGUCAACGACACGCACGUGGUGAGUACGUGUAAACCGGCGCUGGGCCACAGUUUUGCGGCAGGAACCACAGAUGGAGGAGGAGACCUCAACUUCACCCAAGGCGCCGUGGAGGGCGACCCAUUUUGGGACGGUAUCCGAGACGCCCUCCUUGGUCAACCGUCCAAUCAGACGCAGGAAUGCCACCGGCCCAAACCGAUCCUGUUCAGCACGGGAGAGAUGAACUGGCCAUUGCCAUGGCACCCAGAGAUCAUUGACGUUCAGAUCCUCACAGUUGGGUCUGUAGCAGUUGUCGCUGUUCCCGGAGAGAUGACCACCAUGGCAGGCAGGAGGUUAAGAGAAGCCGUUCAACGGGAGCUUCAGUCGGAGGGGGCGUUCUCGGACGUGGAUGUGGUGAUUGCAGGCCUGAGCAACGUAUACACGCACUACAUUACCACCUAUGAGGAGUACCAGGUUCAGAGGUACGAAGGCGCGUCCACCAUCUUCGGUCCGCACACGCUCAGCGCGUAUGUCCUCAAAUUCGGCGACCUGGCACGCGCCAUCGCUCAGGACAAAGUCGGGUCCGUCCCGCCGGGUCCGCCUCCUCCCUUCUUCCAGAAGAAUCUUUUCAACCUGUUACCUGCGGCGCCAGUGGACAGCAAACCGGACAACAGCACUUUUGGAGAAGUCCUAGUGCAGGUCCUUCCCGUCUACAGACAGGGUGAUGUGGUGUCCGUCACCUUUGUGGCAGGAAACCCCAGACACUCGGGAGACGUGAGAGAUCAAAGCUUUGUUGCCGUGGAGAUGCACGACAACACCAGCGACUCCUGGACGCUGGUCCACACCGACGCGUCCUGGGAGACCAGGUUCCGCUGGCUCAAAGGUCCCGAGCGCCGGAGCAACGCCACGGUGGAGUGGCACAUCCCCACGAACGCCGCCGUCGCGUCCUACAGGAUCAAACACUUUGGCCACUACAAGAGCAUGAAAGGCCUGCGACCGGUCAUCACACCCUACCAGGGCACGUCCGACGUCUUUCGGGUCAGCGGCAGUUUUUAUUACCGGUGACCUUUGACCGCUUGUACUUCCACCAGUCUUUGGAUUCAGGUCGUGUUACUUCCUGUUUCUCACGUCAAUAAAAUGACUUUGUAAUUUGUUUUCAGUUGCGAUAGAAACAGCAAUCAGUCCUCUGGCUCACUGUUGCGCCCGCAAGCUUUGCUGUAUUGUUCUUCUAUUGUCGUUGUCUGUGUUUAGGGGUUUUCUUGUUGGAAAUUGAGUAUUGUUGUGUUGGCAUAUCAUUAUGGUGUUGUUCUUGGGGUGUAUUGCCAGAGUUGUGUUUCUGCAUUGUCGUCAUUACCUUUGAUCAUCGCAAUAUGAGACCUAAACAUGAGCCAUUUAUUAUUGAGUAAUUGUGUCAGAAUAAUCAUCAGAAUCAUAAUUUUACAGUACCGAAAUCAUAAGUUUAAUAUUCAAUGUUUCGAGAGAAAGCAUCCAACAUUAGGUGUGUACAGCUGUUGGACCCGGGUGGCCAACAUUCGGAGGACAUUCUACUCUUAGAAGUCGUAGUCCCAUCCCGAGUUGUCGUCCGGAGGCGGUUCCUCGCUGUCCGCGGGAAAACGGUCAAAGUUGCCGGUGUCAGUCGUAGACGAGACCUGAACGCAACCACGCACUUCAACGAGACCGGAAACUUUCUCUACAGGGCAUCGAUCAAAACGUCCUCAGAACAUCACAGCAAUCAUCACAACCAACAUCAUCACAUCCACCGCGGCCAUCUUCGGAACCUUUCGUGGACCGGCACAACCGUGUUCAGAACCUUCAAAGUCAUUUGACCAAAGUGGGCUGCCACUCACGUUUGGUGUGAUGGGCGGGGUCAUCGUUCCUUUCUCUAAGCCUUCCCAAUCGAAACCCUCAAACCACCUGUGCGCGCACACACACAUCCAAUGCUGAUGCCUGUGGUUGUAAAGAGGAGGAAGAAGCGCCGCGUCGCGUUCUCACUGGUGUAUCCGGACGUCCUCGCUGUUCUUCAGCGUUCCCAGUCUCUCUCCGGGCUCGUCCCUGCGGACAAAGACGUGUUAUUCGGAAAGGACGCGACGCGCUGAAGACGGCGUGCGCCCUCGCCCACCUGCACAAGUUCUUGAUGAGAUCGGCGGCGUCCUGGCUGAUUUUCUCGGGGAACUCUAGCACGUCCACGCCCCGGAGGACCGCGGCGUACGUCUGCACCGCGUCUGCGCCGCAGAACGGGGGGCUGGAAGCCCCGAGGACAGAAAAACACAUCGCAAGGAGAAGGGGAACAUAAAGAAGAGGAGAAAGUAAACAAUAGGAAGAAGAAAAGGAGGACAAGAAUAACCUCUGACCUGCCAGUGAGAAGUUCAAACAUGAGGACGCCAAGAGACCAAAGAUCAGCGCGGGUGUCGUGACCUUUGUUGAGGAUGACCUCCGGGGCCAUGUACUCGGGAGUCCCACAGAAGGUCCACGUCUUCUCCGUCUCGUUCGUCUUUGCCUUCCUGCUCUCCCCGAAGCCGAGCUUCUUGGCGAAACUAAAGUCCACCUGCGGAGGGGCGAGCCGGUCAGUCACGACGAGACGACGACGACGUCGCACUAGCGCACGCACCAACUUGGCGUAACCGCGGGCGUCCAGGAGGACGUUUUCGGGCUUCAGGUCCCUGUACACGAUUCGUCUGGCGUGAAGGUAGGACAACGCCUGCAGCACGCACGCCACGUAGAAGCGGCUGCACGCAGCCGCAAAACAACCCCUGACGCACAGACAAGACCAAAAACAUGAAGAAGCAGAGGAGAAGGCCGUAGACAUGUUGACAAGGAUCUCGCGGGUUGGGCCAUUGCUAUAAUAUGUCAGUGUGUCCGCCAUAUUGGAUGUGGUGGAUCUGGCCGGUAAACAAAUGCAAGUCAGUGGAGUGAACUUCAGAAAGCCAUCACUUGAGGCGCAACAAUUACUCAAUUCAUCAACAACAAAUGAAUCAUCAAACUCGUUGACAACUAUUUUCAUAAGCGAUUGUUUUGAGACCUGGUUGAACUUAAAAUUGUCCAAAUCCUCUGAU